AUGGAGGCUUUGGGAGGCUUUUCUGAUGGGGAAUGGGAGUCUUUCGCCGCCAUGUUCUCAUUGGAGGAGGUAGAUCAGUCCCAUAUUCCGAUCGCGAAUCAUGCCGAUCCUUCCACUGAGCUUCAAUUGCCCAACAAUGGCGGCAGCAGCUGGUUCUAUUCAUUGGACGCUUUUGUUCCCAAUUUGCAGAGUUAUUGCGUCAAACAGGACACGAGGAGCUGCAGUAGCUGCAUUACUACUGAUGAUUCCCAUGCUGCCUUUUUGUUUCCCAAUUCUACUGAUUUCUUUACGCCAAUUGACGAGAGGAAUUUUGGGUCCUCGUGUUUUUCUGAUGUUUUAAUCGAGGAAGUGGAUAAGGCUCUCGACACCGCCGCCACCGGUGAAGACUCCAGCGCUGAGAGAUUCGUCGAAAUUAAUGUAGUACAAGGUACCUACCCAGCACUGCCGCCGCCAUCGCAACUCGUAGAUUCCACUGGUGCCGCGAAGGAACCAAUGGCACUGAAAAGGAAAGUCAAUAACGAAGAUAUUUCUGAUAAUCAGAAGAAGAAAACUCGGGUUUCAGCAGAUGGGCAGAAGAAGAAGAAAACAGAGGAAAGAAAGAAAAAUGAGAAGAGAAAAGGGAAGAGUGUGGAAGAAGAAGGCAAUGCGGGGGGAGCAUCAGAAGGGCAGUGCUCCAUUAGUUACAGUUCCGAUCAGGAAGAAAAUGGUUCACAGGAGGGCCAAGGCGCCACCUCCGACGGCGGCUUGACCAGGAAGGGCAGAGCAAGCAGAGGGUCGGCCACAGAUCCCCAAAGCCUCUACGCUAGAAAACGAAGGGAGAGAAUCAACGAGCGAUUAAGAAUGUUACAGAAACUUGUUCCCAAUGGAACCAAGGUUGAUAUCAGUACCAUGCUUGAAGAAGCUGUUCAUUACGUCAAGUUUUUGCAGCUCCAAAUCAAGUUAUUGAGCUCAGAUGAGCUGUGGAUGUUUGCUCCUUUGGCAUACAAUGGAUUGGACCUUGGGCUUCACCAGAAGCUCUCUCCAUUCGGAUCACAUUGAGAGACAUAUUUGUUUCCAU